AUGAACUCACUAAGAGCCAUCGCCCGCUCCGUUCCCCGGGCUACCAGCCGUCUCGCUGUCCAAACCGCCCGCAAGCCAUCUCUCCUGUCCAUAUCCCAAGCAUCAUGGCGCAUACCCACCUCCACCCGCCUCGCCGCCUCCUUCAGCACCUCGCAGCGCCUACGCCAAGCCAACGAAGAGCUGGUCGCCAAGCUCGAGUACGAGCUCCAGACCGAAAACGAGAACAAGGACCAAGGUACCUACGCCGCCGAAAACAUCAAGGAGUACCUCGACAACUCGCCCUUCAGCCUCGAGGACAAGGAGGGCUCGGAAGAGGUCGUGCUGCGCCGGAAGUACAACGACGAGGACAUCGAGGUCAAGUUCAGCACCGCGGACUUGACGGCCAGCGUGGAGGAGCAGGAUGAGGUGGAUGACCAGGCCAUGUUCGACGAGGAGGAUGCACGGGAGAUCCAGUCGAGUCAGUCCGGCGGUGCGAACACCAAGGGUGCUGUCAACCAGGGAAAGACUUCAGGAGGCAACAUCAAAGUUGCGCCUGAGGAUCGCAUUGCGCCUGCCGAUAGGCCGGAGCUUGCGGAUGAGGAGGGCAUGGGCGACGAGGAGGGUCGGCAGGGCAUGAGCUUCCCGGUGCGGGUCAAUGUCAGGGUCGCCAGACAGGGCAAGGGUGCGAUGGCCAUCGAGGCUGUUGCGCAGGAUGGCGAUAUGGUGAUCGACAACGUCUUCUGGUAUCCGGACACCGCACUCGCGGAUGGCAAGACGGCGGAGCAGGAUUGGAAGAAGAGGAGCAUCUAUGCUGGCCCGUCGUUCGGCAACCUCGACGAAGACCUGCAGGUGUUGCUUGAGAGGUAUCUUGAGGAGCGGGGCGUCGACACGAAGAUGGCGCUCUUCUUGCCGGAUUACAUCGAGUACAAGGAGAACGAGGAGUAUAUUCGAUGGUUGGGCAACCUCAAGAAGUUCGUCGAAUAG